AUGGUUCGCUUUAUAUCUUAUUUUUUGUAUUAUCUUAUUAUUUUAUAGUUUAUCAUUCAUUUAUUUGACAUAAAUAUUUAUUUAUGGUUAUUUUCAAUAAUUAAUUGAAAAUAAUAGUUGAGCAUAUAAUUAUUUGUAUAUAAUUAUAAUAUAUAAUUAUCUUCUUCGUUAUUGAAAGAAAAAGUUGAUUGGGAAUGAAAACGGAAAAAGCUGUCGUCGCGUGUCCGGAAUCACAUUACCUCUACGACGCUGCGGUUCAGUAAGCGUCGCGACGCCCACCGCGCACGUUGCAAUGUUCGUUUGUCUUGUCGCGGUGUUCCUUCGGAUUGUGUAAAUUUUAUGAGUUGUUCUUUAAAUUAUAAAAAAAAAUUUAAAUUCAUUUUUGUUAUAUCACGUGUACAAACAUAAUAUGUGAUUUAAACAAAUUUAUAUUGAAAAAGUUGCAAAAGAGAUUGCGCUAUUUUCUUUUUUAUAUUUUCUUUAAAGUUAAAUUAUGGAGCUAGAUGGGUGCUGAUGGACAUUUUCGUGUGACCUUAUCCCUAAGAAGGGAACCAACUGCUGGUCCAGUUUAUUGCAAAAUGGAAACUUCGGCGAGAUUUCGACAAUUAAAGACCGUCAAACUAAGCUGUGAGGCCACGUAUCGGUUGGACAUCAGCUUCAAACCACCGCAAAUAUUAGAGUCCCUCAGCAUAGGAGGUAAACAAGUGGAAACGAUCGAGCGUGCACGGGACGGAACAGCCUGCGCUUACAGUGCUUAUCAUAGCACGAAAGGUAUACCAGCAAGUGCUCGUGGACAUCGUGAAGAAUUACCAAUAGCUAUGCGUGUCUUGGGUUCCGGUUACCUUACUACUUGUCUGCAAAUCAAAUAUUACCGUCAAGAUGAUCAGAGCCAUUGUGAAUGGGGUGCCAGAUUACACUGUAUCGAAUUGGAUUGUUCAAGCGUAGAAGGCAGAUUGGUUACAGUAGAUCGGGAAACUUAUAGAAAACUUGGUAUAGAAUCCUAGCAAUCGAUGGGUGUUAAUGUUAUGAAAGCCAUCACAUAACGAAAAUAGCUAUUUGUUUUUUCGUGAAAAUAUAAUGAUACAUAACUUUUGUCAAUUGGAAUCAAAAUUGUUCGUUAAUGAAAAGAUCAGAACACAAAUAGCAAUUUCAUUUGGAAUUUAAGUAGUAUAUCAUAUGAUAAAAAAUAUAAUAUGAUGGUACUUUAAAUACGUUCAAUUUUUAAAUAUGAAAAUAUAGAAAAUAUAUGAAUAUUUUUGAAAACUAUUGUAAAAUUGAAAAUAAUAGUCUUUUUAUCAAUCGACUUUUCUAGAAAGAAAUAAUAUAACAAAAUAUUUACUAUCAAAGAAAGGAAAUAAUGACUAAAUAUUUAUUAAUCAAAUAAUAUUAACAAAAUCAUUUCAUUAACAUAUUUAAGAUAUAAUUUCAUUUUCCUAUUUUUCUAUAACAAAAAAAAUGUUUGUAUAUACAUAUAUUAGAACAUACAUGUAUAUAUAAUAUAAUUAUUAUAAAUUGAUAUAGAAAAUAGAAUUAAUAUCAUAAUAUAAUUAUAAAAAUAUCUUGUUUAAUCAAAAUGUAAAAUACUAUUCUAGAAUUAUGUGUAAUAUGUUUUUUAACGAUUCAUAAUCAUUAAGAAAUCAAUAAAAAAAUAUUUAUUUAAUAUUUGAAAGAUAUAAA